AUGUACCUUAGAUGUAUUUAAGCUGAUCAUUAAAAUCAAUAAAUAACAGGCUUUUGUAUAGAUAGUACAUGUCCAAAUUAAAGACCUUAUUGUAAUUUUUGCUUGCCUGGCCAUGUUCAACAUAUUCAUAAGUUGACAUCUUAAGAAUUGAUAUCUGGAUGGAUUAAGGAAAGAAUUCAUAUGGUUUAAAAUGCUUAAAAGAAUGUUUAAGAAUUUAAAAUUGCCCUUGAUAGUCUAAUGAAUUUGUUCCUUCCUUAUAAUAACUUUAAUAUUUAAUCAUUAACAGAAUUAGGAUUAUCACAAAUUGAUUAAUUAAUAAAAGGUUUAUCUUAAAUGGCAGAUGGAGAAGAUUAAUUAUUUAAACAACUUAAUCAAUCAAUCUAAUAAACUAAAUCCAUUGUUAAUGAAAUACUUAAAAAAAUAAAGAAUCAAACAAAUGUAAAAUAAAAUGAUAAUUUAUAAAUUCUACAAUCUAAUAUAGAUAAAUCAAUUUUAGAAUAACCUAAGCAUAUAUUUAUAUAAACACCAAAUCUGAACCCAUUUUCCUUUGUCCUCAUGAAAUAAUAUUCAAUCAAGUAAGAUGAAUGGAGUUAUGCUACUGCUUUUAACAAAGAUUAAUCAAUCUUGGUAGCUGGAUGUAAUAAUAUUAUUAAAGUAUUUCAAAAUAUAUAAGGGAAAUUUAAUUAAAUAUAAUUGUUAAGUGAACAUACAAAAACUGUAAGUACUUUAAAUUUCAUGAAAAAUACAAAUAAUUUUGUAUCUGGAAGUGAAGAUAGCUCAAUUAUAAUAUGGUAGUUGAUUGGAAAUAAUUAAUUUUAAUGUUAAUUAAAAUUGAAUGGACAUUCAGAUACUAUAUAUUGUUUAUAAUUAAAUAAAACUGAUGAUCUAAUAAUUUCAGGUAGCAGAGAUAAAACAAUAAAAUUUUGGAUGAAAUAGGAUUAAUGGUUGUGUUAAUAAACCAUAAUUGACCAUAUUAAUGAUGUCUAUUCAUUAAGCUUAAAUGAAAAAUAAAACAAAUUGAUAUCCUGUUCAUCUAAUUCAUAUAUAUUAGUAAUAGAAUAGUAAGAGUUAAAUAAAAAGUGGAGUGUUACAUCAAAGAUAAAAGUGGAUUAAGUGGGAUUUAGAUUAUGUUUUAUUAAUGAUAAUUAAUUUACAUUCUAACCUUAUUUUAAAGAAUAUAUUUAUGUAUUUGAAAUGGAUAGUAAUACUAAAUAGUAUAAGAAGACUAAGGAAAUUGCUGUAAAGUCUGGGUAAAUUAUUGAUAAAUGGUUAUUUCCAUAAUAGUAUUUAAAGGCUAAAUGCCUCUUAUUGAAUAAGAAUGGCAAUUUUAUUAAUAUAAUGAGGAAGAAAGAAAAUGGUGACUUUAUUGUUUAAUAAUCUAUUGAAUUUAAAACUUAGGAUAUUUAUGGAUAAUUAAGUGAUGAUGGAGAGUAUUUAAUCACUUGGGAUUCUGGAUCAAAGGAGAUACAAAUAAGAAAGUAUAGAGAAUUGUGA